AUGUCAUCAUCAUCUAGCCAAGCAGAUAAUACCUAUGAUUCAGUUAUUGAAUUAGCAUUGCAGCUUGUUCCUCGCGAUGCAAAUUUUACUUUGAGCACCAUAAUUAAUUGUUUACACGAUGACAUUGUUGAUGUUUAUAAUGGCGAUGAAUUUGACAAUUAUAGAAGGAGCUGGAUUCGACGUGUGUUUUCCUUUUGCAGAUCUAAGGGAACUGAUUUGCCUAACUCUCAAAAGGCAAACUGGGACAAGAUUUCUGCUACGAUUAUUGACAGACUGGUCAGCGGAGUAAUAUCAACAACAUCAUCAUCAUCAUCCAAUAGUAUUUCCACAGACGAUGCCGUGCCUGUCAAACAUAAAUUGACAAAUCAAGAUAAGCAGAAAAUUAAAAAUAUGUAUAUUGGAUUGGACAAGACAAAGAUGUGGAAAUUGUCUACAGGCAAAGUGGUAGAGGAGGAGAUGAUGAAGCUUGCUAUCUCGAAGGACCAUGAACAUUUGUGUCAUUCACUGAUUAUGGAUGUCAGAGACAGAUGUUGGAAUGAUUAUUUUUCGCCAGCGGAAAUGGAAGAAAUUAAAAGUUAUAAGGCUUUGCAGUUGCCUGUGUUACCAUCCAAUGUCACUACUUAUAUGGAAGAAUUGCUCAACACACCCAGAGAUCAGUUGUAUACGAAAGUGAAUGAGGUUACGUUUGCACCUAACACUCAUGAGUAUUGGAUUCAAGACAGUUACAACAAUGCUAUUCGCCUAGUUCAAAGUGGUUUUUUCCCGUUGCGUGAUGUUACAGAACAAGGAAUGGGUCGAAGAAUGUGGUCCUGUGUGGACAAGUGCUUUGAUUUUGCUGCUGUUAGAUGUGUCACUCGUGAAAAAUGCAGUAAAGCAUCUACAGAUGCUGCCAACUCUGUCCGUUCUCCAAGUGAUUGCAGUAGACAGCAAACAGGCCGCAAGAUGGAUUACCUGUUCAAGAUAAAAGAAAGUGAUAUUGAGAUUAGUUGUGGUGAAUGUGCUUUGGUUGGUGGGGUCAAUACCAGAAAAGAAUUCCGAGAUGCUGGUUUCAAGAUGCCUAAAGUGAUGAAAGAUAUGUUGGGCAAGAUAGUUUCAACAUCACCUGGUGUGCUUCACAGGUUGCAUAUUAGUGGUUUAUUUAUUGCUGCUGAAACCCUGACGUUGUACCUACUGGAUUCCCCUCAAGGCUAUGUUACUCGAUAUGAUGCCUUCAAUUCAGUAUCAUAUCCAGUUACUGAAGCUAUGAUUCGUAGUAAGAUGCCGGCUUUGUUGACAAUGAUUCUUAGUUCUAGGAUUAUGAUGGAGAAUGUCAAAAUCAUUAUUGACGAAGAUGAAUCGCUGCCUAUUUUGGGUCGAUUUAUGCCCGUUGUCAUGGAACCCUGCUUUGCACCAGUUAGGGUUAAUUGCAAGAAAGGAAAAGCAGUAGUACUUUUAUGA